AACAAUUAGCUAUUGAAAUUGUUUUGUGUAAUUUGAGACCACCAAUGUUACCCGAAAUCCCAAGUAAACUGCAAGAUCUUAUUCAUAGAUGUUGGGAAGCCAAUCCCUCAAUAAGGCCUACAAUCAAAGAAAUUUAUAAUAUUGUUAAAGAUAUGUACUGUAAAGUCCUUGAAGAUAAAAAUUUGACUAUUGAAUAUAAGAAAAAACGAUCGAUAGUGGCUUUUGAUACAAACCUGCAACAAGAAACAUCUUAUCAGAGCAAGAUUUUUGAUUUUGACUUUAAUAAUUCAGGUUAUUAG